AAAUGGCGAGGGCGAGGCCAGUCGAGAGAGAGUCCAGGGUGUCAAACCUUAUGUCUCUAAGUCUGUCCCUGCAGCUGCAGCUGCAGCUAAUUGAAACCGCCAUGCCGCCCCCUGCCUGCCUGCCUGCCUUCCUGCCUGCCCUCCCUGCCUGGUGAUCAUCAAUCAAUCGAUCGAUCGACCGGACGUGCGUGCGUGCGUGCGUCGGGUGCCACCGUGCCAGACAAACAGGCGUGUUGGGCGUCAUCCUAUUAUUGGAGGCUACGAUUGCAGCAACCAACUGCCCCUUAGGAUGAGCCGCAGCAGGCCAACUCAUAUGCACAAGAUCAAUCGCAUCGUGGCGGGAGGCAGGUACUCUUUGUCCAUGGCAUCUCCAGCGGACCCCAUGCCCGUCAUCAAUACAUUAACGAAAUUCGUCGAUACGUGCACAGCUUAUCUGUCGACACUACCGCAUCGAAUCGAGCCGGUCGAAGAGCUCGUAGCUGUAAUUUCAGUUAUUGGCAGUCUGUUCUUCACGCUCACAGCUCAGAUCAACCGUUUCCCUCGCCUCCACCUUUUAUCCACAUAUUCAUUGCUGGCUGAAGACAUCCUGCACGCGAUUUCUCUCGUCGAAAACAGAGUCAACCAAGCGAAGCAUCUCAGGCUUUUCGAACCAACCGACGACGAGGAGUGGUCUCCAUACGAAAGCUGGUUCUCAUGUAAUGGCUCAGAAGUGGCCGCCGACAGGUUGUGGCGACAUAUGUGUGUUGAAAAGUCCAGGGUGCGGGUCUUGAUUGAUGCUGUCACUUGGGUUGGACUGCGAUCUUCAGAGAGGAAUGAAGAAGAGGAGGUUGAGUAUCAGGACAUCAGAAAGAGACUUGGAGUGGUCGCUCCAAGACUAGUUGGCAUCUGGAGAGAUUAUGUUGCAAGAUUGAAAAUAAAGUAUCCACAAGUGGCCAAGAGUCCGGUUGUGGAUGGUGCGAGUCGGAGAAACUUGGAGUUGGACCCGGUUUUGCAAUCCGCUUGCCUAGACUUGCUUUAUGUCAGCCUUGCAAAUCUGACUGUAUUCCCGCAUCUUUCUCUGAGGCAGGAUACUCCGGGACUAGAAGCUGAGACGAUGGGCAUUGAUGAGGCGGAAUUGAAGAUUGAUCAGAUGUUGAAGGAACUUGUUCGGUUCUGAGAUGAGGAUAGGGAUAGGGAUACAGAUGAGGAUGGGAAUCUAUCAGAGGAGACGAUGUAAGAGUCGCAGGUGGAGCAGGAGGGGAAAUUGCCUAGAGGUAUGGACGGUUGGUCUGGAACACCGGCAUCAUUUCAUUUUCUGAUGGGAGAUGCAAAGUAUUCUUCCGCGGACUCGAGAGAAGCCUUGAGGUUGAGAUGCAGGAGUAUCAAUUUAUUUACUAGUACGUACGG